CGCAGCGGCAAUUCGAUCGAUCUUUCAGGACCAAUAAUAUACACCCAAAGCCGCCGACUCGAUUCACUUUCGUGUAACAAUUUGCUGUGGACAUCCAACUGGUCUAACUAUCGGCGUUCUCGUUGAGUUAUCGUCAGCGGUUUGUUUUGCACUUAUCGUUACAAUAUUAGCUGCUUUACCAUUCUUGUUUGCGACGAUGUCACUGUGGACUUGGAGGAUGUUACGAACAGCGGCAACACUAUCAACCUUGGAUUUUCUUUUUCUGGAUGUGUUGUGGCUGUAGCAAUUCACUAGAUGAAGGUUGUUGGAAAAUAAGAUGCUGCCAAGUGCGUCAAACCAGUGUUUUUUAUAAGACUCUGGUUAAACAAACAAAACUUAAGCCGUCUGUGGACAUCCAACUGGAGUAGAAUAGUUGUCGUUCUUGUCAAGCGUCGUCUACUGCAUGUCGUCAGUCGGGUUAUCGCUCCGAUUUUAUUUUGCAUGCGGCGGCCAGUGCUGGUAGUCACUUCUCUGUAGUCUACUCAAAGAGGCCGUCAGAUACAAGUCGUCACUGCUCUCUAUGGUCUAUUCAAGUGAGGCCAUCAAAUACAACUAUUCGCCACUCAUUUCUAUGGUAAUCUAUUGCUUGUAACGCGAACCAGAACCAAUAGUCGUUAAGCGACAACUUAAGCUCGAUAUCGAAAGUGGUUGAGUGGAGCCGAUGAAAUGAUUCUGUGUGGCUCCAUGUAGAGAAAGAAAGAUUUGACUGGAGUAAGGACUCGAUGUUAACAUGCUGCAUGGUUGUGAAAUCUGGUCUCAUCCGAGUAUAAGAUAAUUUAUUACGUUUUCUUGCGCUACGCGAAGAGUACUUCGAUAUACGAACAGUAUAUCAACGAGAGGCUACAUUUCCGUUGAGUUGACGACAAGUUUCACUCCAUUCGAAAAUACGGCAAAUAAGAUUGUGUUCACCACUUUCCCUAGUCUUCAAGUGUGACCAUCAAAUACAAGUAUUCAGGUCUCUCUAUAUGGUAACUGUAUUGGUAGCGAGCCGGAACCAAUAGUCGUUCAACGGCAACCUAGGACCGAUAUCUUAAGUGGUGGUUAAGCUGAACUGAUUCUUUCUGUGGAUGAUACUUACGAGACAGUACAUUUUGAUUGGUAUAACACUAAUACAGCGAGAGGACUGUAUUUGAACAGUAUGCAUAUAGCUCAAAGGAAACAAGUGAUCUGGAUGCAUCUUUAUCAUUGAAUCACUGAAGGAAGAAAGGAUGCGAUUUGAGAACCCUAUCCCCAUCCUGUUAACAAUCGGAGCGGCUAUCAUCGGCGUGUUCACCCUCGGCUGCCCUCCGAUGUUUGGCGAUGAAUAUGGCCGGUGCCUUCAGGACAUCCCGUUUGGCCACGACCUUGCCAGAUUCCUUGAUGCAGUUCUCACAGAGAUGAAGAAGAAGAAGUUUGAGAGAUAUUGCACAAACUACACCCGAGUCGUCCACUGCACGAAGAGUGUGCUACAGAUGUGUCCAGAAAAGAUAUCUCAUCACGAGCAAUACUUCCAUGUUGCUGACAGAGUCAUGGACUUGAUCUGCCCAGGGCCCAGAAGUGCGCGAUACACCGACAACCUCAUGUGCAUUGUCACCCAAAGAUACGGACUUCUUUCUCAGCGAUGUGAUCGGUUGUUCAACCUGGCAAAGUUAGGGAGAGCGCACACAGAUCCUUGCACGCUAAAUGAAGACCUGCUGCUGUGCAAACACCGGCUGAUACGAUCAGGAUGCAAUACAAGAGCAGCUGAAGUCGCCUUUGAGAUCAACAAGAUCGUUUAUGAGAAAUCUCUCCUACCAGUUCCUGCCAAGUGUAACAUCACUCUUAAAACUAUGGCUAAAUCUUCCAAUGCAUUUUCCUACUCACCCAGGUGCAUGCCCACCUUCCCCAACCGCCUGGCCUAUUGCUCGGAAUUGUUUCUGCAACAGACCCCCAGGGUAUAUAAGUUGGUCCCCGUCAUUGUGAGAGGAGACCUCCUCAAAGUGGACAAGAUGUGCAGAGCUGAGAGGGAGUACAGAGCGUGCGUCGCCUCCGUUGUUGGUAACUGUCCGAAGAUGGUACAAUAUGUGGAGGAGACGUUCCAGUGGAGACUACCUCAUGAGAUGGCGCAGUAUGCUUGCAGUGUCGUCUAUGAAUAUAAGCGCAACCUUCACUGUUACCAGAGGAUGAUCAGCUCUGCCUCGUAUCCUCCAACUACCAAAUGUGAAGUGAAAAGAAACGCCACCGUCCAUUUACUCCAGAAAUAUUACUAUUAUAAAUGCUCGUCAAAGUUAGGGCGGGAAAUGGAGGAGUUGGAGAGGCACAGUGACAGCCUCAUCCAGUGUUUCUACGACCAGGCAUACAGCGUGUGCAAGAGCAAACGGGCGGCGAACAUUCUAAAGCCGCUUCUUCAAAUCAAAUAUGGCACCCAACAAUUUCGAUUGAACUGUGACGGCUCGGUCGAUCAGUCAAAAUACUCGCGCGUUUGGUCUGCCGCGUCACCAACCACAAAUCACAUAUCAAAAAUCAAAGACAGUAUAUUCAUUAUAGUGAUUUCUUUUCUUCCAACUUUGACUUGUUGUGUAUUACGCAUGUCAUGAUCACUAUUGCUGACUACUUGUAUUAUCUCAGUCUCAUGUACAGAACUACUUAUCUAUUGUAAUGGUUUUCAUUCUCAUUUGAAAAAAUAUCGUAAAUAUAUCAAAUUAUUUUAUACAAAACACCACGCGUGUUAUUUCUACAGUGUAUUAUUUGAUCGUUUCUGAGUCAUUUUGAGGGAUGGGCUGGAUGGUCGGUCAGGCACCGAACCCCUGUCGUCGGAUGUGACUUCAGCCUUCCUGCAGACGCCGGAUUCUCUCUCCGAGACGUACAUGGCGCAAGGCUACGAUUACAAUUGUCAACCGUCCUCCAGAUUUUCUUGAUCUUCUCUCCGGAA